AUGUCGGGCCCGCUCGAGGAAGCAACACUGGCUGUUCAACGCCAUAUGCGAGGAUCGCCCAUCGAAGGACUCCCUCUCGAGAUCCGAGUCGAAAUUAUACGCCACUGCCCCGAUCUUGCCGCCAUCCGAUCCGCAACUCUCUCUUGUCCUGCGCUCCGCGAUGCAUAUGAGUCGAUCAAGCAUCGCAUUCCCUGGCAGUAUCAAAUCUUCAAGGGCGAAAUCUCCCGCCUCAGACUCGAGGAAGAUGUCUACCGCGAGUCCGUUCUGUUCGAAGUCUCGCACGGUGCGUGGAAGGACCGCAAGAAUGACUACGCCGUAUGGCAGAUGUGCCUCCACCAAGUGUACGGAACUGCCGUGCCUAUCCCCGCCGACUGGGAUUCCGAUGGAUCCCUAGCAGCACAAAACUCCCGAGAGCGGAUUCUCUCCGUCUUUCGAAUGGUCGACUUCUUCAGCCAGAAAUUUCUCGUCCGUAAUCCUGAUGGAAAGGAACGAGCUGCUACGACUUGGUCUCUCAGCGCCGACGACUACAAGUUUGUGGCUAAAUUGAGCCGCGAUGAGUUCGUCAAGGCGGUCUAUCGGGCAUUCUAUCAUAUCCAAUGCAUCAGCACGAUGUACACCGUGAAUCGAUCAAGAGGACCUCCGCGUUUCUGCCAUGGGAAUGUCUCUUGUUUCUUCGAUGCACAAAGCCGUUCUAACCAAAUGUUCGUUACCAUGGCCUACGAUUUCAUCGGCAACGUCAUCUGUGAUAGGCUUGGGAAGGGAGAUAUGAUCUGGCCGACUUGGGCUUCAGAAAUCGAUCGAGACGCGUGGAAGACAGUGCCUCUGAACAAUUACCUGCAUUAUUUCUACAGCAACGAGCUCGACUUCACCUACAAGUUCCUUCGCGGACCCCUAGACCGAUCCAGUGGCGUGUUGCUCCCUCGCACGGCGCGACCUUCCCAUCUCCUGCUUCGAAAGUACCUCUGGGCCAUGCUGCAUGAAUACAAGAAGUAUUGGGGCGAGUCAGGGCUCGAGUCGUCUCAUCGGGCAAGUGAUUCGGAUGAAGAUGAAGAAUGA